AUACCAUUGUCUGUUCCGCGUGAGCGUGACCUGUCCUCUCGUACGCAAAUAAGUACCACGAAAAUUGCUAUAAUUAGAAAACACGGAAACAGAAAAUCACAAUCUGUUACUUAUAAUAAAACCAAACCAAACAAACAUCUCUCAUCUUCGGCCUUUCUCUAUCGUCUCUUCUUCUUCUCCAAUCUCUGGAUCUUGAGCAUCGUUAGGGUUUUGUGUGAUUCCAAGAAUUGCCAUUUUCGAAAGGGUUUUUGAAUCUGAGGAAGACGAUAAGGUUGUUGAGCUGUAUUUUCAUCUGGGUCGGUCCAAAGUUCUCACCUUUAUACUAAUUGUCUGCUCAGAACGAUGCAACAAGGUCACGUGAAGAAGAACAUGAAAGAGGUGGACUUUUUCACCGAGUACGGCGACGCGAACCGUUACCAGACCCUCGAAGUGAUCGGGAAAGGAAGCUACGGAGUUGUCUGCGCGGCCAUCGACACCCACACGGGAGAGAAAGUCGCGAUAAAGAAGAUCAACGACGUCUUCGAACACAUCUCCGACGCGCUCCGCAUCCUCCGCGAGGUGAAGCUUCUCCGUCUCCUGAGGCAUCCGGAUAUAGUCGAGAUCAAAAGCAUCAUGCUUCCGCCUUCCAAGAGAGAGUUUAAAGACAUCUACGUCGUGUUCGAGCUCAUGGAGUCGGAUCUGCACCAAGUCAUCAAAGCUAAUGAUGACUUGACUAAGGAGCAUCAUCAGUUUUUUCUUUAUCAGAUGCUUCGUGCGUUAAAGUAUAUGCAUACAGCUAAUGUUUAUCAUCGUGAUCUUAAACCGAAGAAUAUUCUGGCUAAUGCUAAUUGCAAGUUGAAAGUUUGUGACUUUGGAUUAGCGAGAGUGUCGUUUAAUGAUACGCCCACAACAGUCUUUUGGACGGAUUAUGUUGCUACAAGAUGGUACAGGGCUCCUGAGCUUUGUGGCUCAUUCUGUUCUAAGUAUACACCAGCUAUUGACAUUUGGAGCAUUGGUUGCAUCUUUGCCGAGGUGUUAUUAGGGAAGCCUUUGUUUCCUGGGAAAAGUGUUGUCCAUCAGUUAGAGCUGAUUACCGAUCUUCUCGGGACACCAAAGUCUGAGACCAUUGCAGGAGUUCGAAACGAAAAAGCUAGAAAAUACUUGGGCGAAAUGAGGAAGAAGAGUCUUGUCCCUUUUACUCAAAAGUUUCCUAAUGCAGAUCCUUCAGCGUUGCGGCUAUUGCAAAGACUGUUGGCUUUUGAUCCAAAGGAUAGGCCCACUGCUACAGAGGCGCUGGCUGAUCCUUACUUUAAGGGUCUAGCAAAGGUUGAGAGAGAGCCUUUUUGUCAGCCAAUAUCGAAGAUGGAGUUUGAGUUUGAAAGAAGAAGGUUGACAAAGGAUGACAUUAGAGAGCUGAUAUACAGGGAGAUACUAGAGUACCAUCCUCAGCUGCUUAAGGAUUAUAUGAACGGUUCUGAAGGCUCAAGUUUCUUAUACCCUAGCGCCAUUGGUCAUCUGAGGAAACAGUUUGCUUACUUAGAAGAAAAUAGCGGCAAAAGUGGGCCAAUCAUACCUCCAGAGAGAAAGCAUGCUUCACUUCCACGGUCUACAGUUCACCCUGGUGUAGUGACGACCUCCAAUGCUCAACCUCCAGAGAGUCGACGUGUCUCUUUUGAGCCUUCAAGAAAUGUAGUUCCGUCCACUUCAUCUAAACCUUUAGGACCUCCUCCAAGGAUACCUUCAGGUAGACCAGGCCGUGCUGUGGAGUCAUCAUCUCUAACUUAUGAGAAUAACAGGAACCUCAAAGACUUGUCCUCCUAUGAUGCAAGGACAUCUUAUUACAGAACCGCUCCACAACAGACCGUAUCUCCUAACUGUUUCUUUAAUCCCAACACCGCCAUGAACCAAGAGAAGCGCCUUGGUACAGAAGCUGCUGCGUCUCAAGCAAAACCGCAGUUUGUUCCCACCCAAUGCAAGCCAGCUGAGCUGAACCCAAACCCUUAUGUGCAACAAACACAGCAUAAGGUGGGUAUUGAUGCUAAGCUGCUGCAUGCACAAUCCCAGUAUGGUCCUGCUGGAGCCGCCGCGGUUGCAGUUGCAGCGCACCGGAGCGUAGGCACGGUUGGGUACGGCAUGUCUUAAAGAACUUAGCAGAUUUGUUGGGUGUCUCAGGUUAUUUGAUUGCUCAGAAACUCUCUCCCAAUGUUAGUCAUUGUAUAAUGUAAAUUAUUAUUCGAUCAAGCCCUGACUUGAACACAUUUGAGAGAUUGUGUAAUAAAAAAAAGUUUCAGUGCUCUUGUGCCUUUUUCUCAUAUGACAUAGUAAUGGCCAAACAAUUUUUAGCAUGACCUCAAGUUGUUGUUGGUUCCUGGAUUCUCUCAAGUCCGGAAACGAUUGUCUAUCUCACAACAUUAUUAGUAAAUAUAUUAUAACUCAAAGGUUGAUCUUAUGGUUAUGAUGCUUUGACAUAAGGAUCUUAUGUCUUACCUAAAAUUAGUUGUAGUCUUCGAGGCCACUAUUACUACGUUACAUGUGAAAUGUAACCUGGUUUCUUCUUCACAUUCCGUUGUUUCAUCAUGUCUCUAACGUCCAAAACUUGCUCGUAUUUCUCAGCAUCUACAUAUACAUUAGACAUCAAUACAUAAUAACCGCAGCAAUGCUCUGGCUUGAGCUCAUGUGACUACUAGUUUCAGAUUCUAGUAUUUGAAAUUGAGCGUUCUAUACAGCAUAAAAUCUACUUGGACAAGGUGGUAAGAGAAUAUGGAAGAUAACGUUAAUGGGCUUAGUACAAUUAAUAGAAAGAGAGGACUUAUGAUAAAUAGGCCCAUUUAAACUGUAUAAGACGACAGUUAACAACUUAAAAGUCCCACAUCGCUCAGGGGAAGAGAAGGAGCUGCGUUUAUAUAGCGAUGGAGUCACAAGAGUGAUUGUCCCUUCGGGGACAUCCGAUAAAAUUGGAACGAUACAGAGAAGAUUAGCAUGGCCCCUGCGCAAGGAUGACACGCACAAAUCGAGAAAUGGUCCAAAUUUUU